GAUCUUCAUGUAUGAUCAAAGUAUACUGUAAAAAGCAGCAUUCAGGCCUAAGGGUAAUUGAAUAGUUUGCAAUUGCAGAAAGAUAAUAAUCAUAAUCUGUUAAUAUUUAACCCUGGGUUUGUCUGAGUCAGCAAGGUUAAAGAUCCAGGUGCAGAACUAAGACUUUGAGCUCCACGUUAAACAGGCUAUUUGUCAGAUAUCUCAUAGACGGCUGAAGACAACAUGGGCUCAGACGUUGCCAUGUCUCCCAAGAUCACGGUGGAGCUGCUGCGGCAGCUACGGCAAGCCAUGAGGAACACCAAGUACAUCGCUGAGCCCAUCCAGGCCUACAUUGUCCCCUCUGGAGACGCACACCAGAGUGAAUACAUCGCACCAUGUGACUGCAGACGUGAAUUCAUCUGUGGCUUCAAUGGCUCCGCAGGCACGGCCAUUGUUACAGAGAAGCAUGCGGCCAUGUGGACAGACGGACGGUACUUCCUCCAGGCCAGCCAGCAGAUGGACAACAACUGGACCCUCAUGAAGAUGGGUCUGAAGGAGACACUCAGCCAGGAGGACUGGCUGAUCAGUGUGCUGCCUGACAACUCCACAGUAGGAGUGGACCCCUGGAUCAUUGCUGCUGACCAGUGGAAGAACAUGUCUAAGGCCCUGGCCAGUGCAGGCCACUCCCUGGUGGCUGUUCAGGACAACCUGAUAGAUGCCAUCUGGAUGGACCGUCCAACCAGACCCUCCACUCAGCUCCUCACCCUGGGCCUGGGGUUCACGGGUCUGACGUGGCAAGACAAGAUGACCGCUCUGAGAUCCAAGAUGGCCGAGAGGAAGAUCUCCUGGUUCGUUGCCACGGCGCUGGAUGAGAUUGCAUGGCUGUUCAACCUCCGUGGCUCUGACAURGAGUACAACCCUGUUUUCUUUGCGUACGCCAUCGUAGGAAUGAACACAAUCAGGCUCUUCGUGGACAUCAAGCGUCUGGCCGUGCCGACGGUGAGGGAGCACCUUCAGCUGGACACGCCCUCCAAGGCGGAGCUUAGCGUCCAGACCGCCCCCUACGAGUCUGUGUUCACGGAGCUGCAGGCCGUGUGUGCCUCGCUGGGGCCCAAGGAGAAGGUGUGGAUCAGCGACAAAGCCAGCUGCGCCCUCACGCAGGUCAUCCCCAAGGCCCACCGGUCUCCUAUCCCCUACACUCAUCUCUGCCUCGCCAAAGCUGUCAAGAACGCCACCGAGAUUUAAGGGAUGAAAAUGGCCCAUAUCAAGGAUGCUGUCGCCCUUUGUGAGCUCUGCUGGUUGGAAAAAGAGAUUCCAAAAGGCACAGUGACUGAGAUCUCCGCAGCAGAUAAGGCCGAGGAGUUACGCAGCCAACAGAAAGACUUUGUCGGACUCAGCUUCCCAUCCAUUUCCAGUGUUGGACCAAACGGAGCAAUCAUUCAUUACAGAACCCCUCCUGAAACCAACAGAACUCUCUCUCUAAACGAAAUCUACCUCCUCGACUCGGGAGCCCAGUAUAUUGAUGGAACAACAGACGUCACCCGCACCAUGCACUUUGGAUCCCCCUCUGCUUARGAYAAGGAAACCUUCACCUAUGUUCUGAAGGGACAUAUAGCCGUCAGCGCUGCCAUUUUCCCCAACGGAACCAAAGGCCACCUGCUGGACUCGUUUGCCCGCCAGGCGCUGUGGGAGUCUGGGCUGGACUACCUUCAUGGUACAGGCCACGGGGUGGGAUGUUUCCUCAAUGUCCACGAGGGACCCUGUGGGAUCUCCUACAAGACCUUCGCAGACGAGCCCCUGGAGGCAGGCAUGAUUGUCAGCGAUGAACCUGGGUACUAUGAGGACGGCUUGUUUGGCAUUAGAAUUGAAAACGUUGUUCUGGUGGUGCCAGCAAAACCCAAGUACAACUACAGGAACAAGGGCAGUUUGACGUUUGAGCCUCUCACUCUGGUCCCCAUCCAAGCCAAGAUGGUAAACACAGAUCUUCUCACCCAGAAAGAGCGUGAUUGGAUGAACGAGUACCACAGGCAGUGCCGGGAGACGAUUGGAGCAGAGCUGGAGAGACAGCGCAAGGAGGCCAUGGAUUGGCUGAUCAGGGAACCCAGCAAUCGCCUGAAGGCUAUUCUGUGACUGACUCUUAUUUAAUUCAAUUGUAUUGCCCAGGAGUACAAUUGAUCAAUCAAUUGAUUGCUCAUCUCAGCAGUGAUGAUAACCAUUUCU